AUGCUUGGAGUAAUCCACACUGGGGAGAAACCAUACAAAUGCUUGGAGUGUGGAAAGAGCUUCAGCACGAGUGGAGCUCUUACUUCACACCACAAAACCCACACUGGGGAGAAACCACACAAAUGCUUGGAGUGUGGAAACAGCUUCAGCAUGAGUGGAGCUCUUACUCGACACCACAAAACCCACACUGGGGAGAAACCACAUAAAUGCUUGGAGUGUGGAAAGAGCUUCAGCACGAGUGGAGAACUUACUUCACACCACAAAUCCCACACUGGGAAGAAACCAUACAAAUGUUUGAAGUGUGGAAAGAGCUUCAGCCAGAGUGGAGCUCUUACUCAACACCACAAAACCCACACUGGGGUGAAACCACACAAAUGUUUGGUGUGUGGAAGGAGCUUCAGCCAGAGUGGAACUCUUACUCGACACCACAAAACACACACUGGGGAGAAACCAUAU